AAAUUCGAAAAGUUGUCCACUCAAGCGUACAGGGGAAGUUUCAAACUUCUUCUCAUAUAUAAAGCCCUAAAACCGGCGCCAAAUGAACACUCGUUUCUCUGAACUUCUAAGUUCAUGUCUUCAUCAUCGUCUCAUUUCUGUAAAGCUUCUUAUACAAUCAAUACACGUCUGUAAAUUGAUAGAAGAGUAAAUGGCAGAUACACAGCCCGAUUCAAAUGUUUUCAGUGUUCGAAUCGUCUCGAUCGAUUACUACAUGUCCCCUCCAAUUCCAGGCAUCGAUAUUUGUUACAGUAGUUUUCAAGGUGGGAAGGUGAACGAGGUUCCUGUAAUAAGAGUAUAUGGUUCAACUCCGGCGGGCCAGAAGACCUGUUUGCAUAUUCACCGAGCUUUACCUUAUUUAUACGUUUCGUGUGAGGAUUUAUUGAUUCAACCACAUGAAGAAGGUGAUAGGUGCACACAUUUGAUAUCUCUUGCUGCUGAGAAAGCGUUGAAGCUUAAAGGAAAUGCUGGUUCAAAACGACAACAUGUGCAUGGUUGCAGUCUUGUCCGGGCAAGGAAGAUUUAUGGUUAUCAUUCAUCAGAAGAGCUUUUUGCGAAGAUAUACCUCUAUCAUCCUCACGAUGUCUCUCGUGCUGCCAAUCUUCUACUGGGAGGUGAAAUCCUAGACAAAAGUUUACAGCCCCAUGAAUCACAUAUUCCUUUUCUUCUCCAGUUCCUGGUUGACUAUAACUUGUAUGGGAUGGGUCUUCUGCAUGCAUCGUCUAUCAAGUUCCGCCAUCCAGUGCCAAAUGCUCUCUCCAGAAGGAAGGGUACUUACAAUGGACAACAGGGACUGGGUGCAGAGUCAAGUGGCAAUGCAUGUUUAGGUUCACCAGUUUGGAUAUCAUCAACAAUUCCAGAUGGAUGGGCGUGGCACUUUUCUACUCAACCUGAUGCUUCUUCGGAUCAGAACAUUCACCUUGUUAGACGUCAAAGUACUUGUGAACUUGAGGGAGACACUACAGUUGACGAGAUCCUUAAUCAGCAGUUUAAAAUGUACUCAUCCCUCUCACAAACCUGUUCAGACGUCAAAAUGGUUCAGUCACUAAUUCCAAUUUGGGAGGAAUAUGAAGGGUCUGGGAUACAUGAAGCAGCUAUACAUUAUGACCCUGGAAAGCCACAUCCACAAGAUGUUUUGAAGACUUUCUCACAUGGGCUGGAAUUUGUGAAUAAACUUACGGAACUAUGCAGUGAAGCAGAAAAUUCUUCUUCCUGUAACCCAUUUGAGAAAGAUGCUAGUCCCGUGCCAUCAAUAAGAUCUUCAACUGAUGGAGGAAAUAUGUUUGGACUAGGGAUUGUGCACUCUAAAAGUGACUGUGGAGAACCUUCAAAAGGUUUCAAAGUUAGUUCUGGAACAGCAUCUAUGUUGUCACAACGUUUGGCUUGUGAAGAGAUAUCUGAUGAGGGGGGCAAUUUUUGUCUUGAACAGAUUCUUGUUCCUGAUAUGCAAACAUCUGAGGAAAUUAGAAGUUCAAAUUUGAAGAUUGCGGAUAAGGAAGGUUUGGGACUUCUAAGGUGGCUUGCCUCUUCUCAAGCUGCAGAUGAUAUAAACUCUGAUGAUGAACUUGUCUGUGAGCCUAUUUUGAGUCCCUUGUUGCCUGCAGCGACCAUUGACAAGGUGUUGGAGAAAGCUAAUCUGGAUUAUGAGAGUGAAUCACAACAAGAGUGUCAGGACAUUCUUGAUUCAAUCGAGGAUUCAACUAACCUUGAAGUGUUAAAUAAAAAAGCUUCUUGUUCCACAGAUCCUAGCUAUGCCUAUCAAACUUCACCGAUGAAAACAAUUGCACAACUGGAUGGCUUUUCUAAUGAUCAAAAUCCAGUUACUAAUGUUGGUAGAUCCCCUAAACUGGAGAUAAACAUUGAAUUGGGGAGGCUUUCUCAAGACCUGGUGCAGAAAGAAACCAGCUCAAGCUUUGUAAAUAAACACAAAAGGAAGAAACCAUUGUGGGGUUCCUUGCCCUUUUCCUUGACCAAAAAGCGUAAUGAUGAUAUUCAACCUGUCUGUACAAACAUGAGUGAUAGAAGUGGCAGUGAAACCAAAGAUGGUUCAAUUACUAGUUGUCAGGCUGAGGCAGACAAAUGUUGUGAUGAUUCAGUUAGCAAUGCAGACAGGAAUCCUGAUUCAAAUGAUGCAAGUGCGUUAGUUGGAUGCUCUGUGCGGGACUUGAUGAGGAGAAAGCGAUGCUACCGUAUCGAGACUCCUGAAUCCAAGUCUCGAAGAGUUGAAAAGACUUCUUCAGAAGAGGAACAGAAAGAAGUCCCAUUUUCCUUAAAAAAACGUUUAGAAUUUCCAACACCAUGGAAUGAUGGCCAAGACAAGAGGCCUCUUGAAUGUGCCUAUUCCUGUCCUUCACUUGCUGGUGAGCUUAUCAAAUUUAAUGAGUGGAAUCCACGUGUUACAACUUCUUCACUGGAGGGGUGUGGCGAGGCUUGUGAUGUCAAAGCUGCCUAUUCUAGUUAUUCUGCACAUGACAAACUACCUCUUUCCUCUAGCAAUCCUGGCUCUUCAUGGGUUAAUACAUCUAGAGACGGAUGUGUUGAUUCUUGUGGAGUUGAUGAUGAGGCCGGCAUACAAAGAAAAGCCGGUUCUGGGAACUUCAUAAUUACAGGUCUCCCUCCAUUGAAUACAGGAACUAAAGAAUUACCACAGUUCCUUAACACUGAUUGUCGAAAUUCUCUAGCAUCCUUGGGCCAUUGUGAGAAUGAUAGUCAUACACAGUCGGACUCUCUUGUAAAUUGUAUAGAACCUGUAACUUCUGAUGUAUAUAUUUCCAAUCCCAAUCCAUUUGUUUCAAUGUUGAAGUUUAACACUGAUGAUAAUCUUUUGGCUAGUGAGAGGUUGCUGCAAAGAGAUACAACUACUACAAGAUGUUUAUCGAAAUCUGUUGAAAGCGAAGUUUUAGUUAGAGAUGAUUACGUCUGCAAAAAUGCCUAUGAGAGGAGAACUUCGACGCAUAGAAUAGAUGAGAUGUCUCCUGAAUAUUUUGAAGGCAUGGAGGCCGUGACCAUUGCAACUUUUUUACAAUUUGAAAAUUGUGGUGGUGAACAACAUGGUGGAGCUACUGGUUUAUCAUGUUCUGACAUGGAAGCAAAACCUGGAGACCUUGUCGGCAUGACUUUUUAUAAGAAACCGCCAAAAAUAGACUUGGCAGAUGGGACAUCUGAAAAUGCUUCAAUGCCCUCGACUUUACCUAAUCGUGCUUCUCUACCGGGCAUGGAAAAUAAUGAAGGAUUAUCAGUUCGGGGAAAAGUUACAGAUGAGUUACUCCCAUUUUUUUGGGGGGACAGCCUGGAAGAGAAAGAAAUACAGGGUAAUAGCUGUACAGAUAAUGAUUCUGAUCAUCAUCAAGAAACUGUUGUGGGUGUUCCCACUCACUGUCAAAAUGAUGGCUCUUACUUAUACAUUCUGACAUCUGCAUUAUCGCCCCCAUCUGUAGAAAGUGUUCGUAGAUGGCUUAUGCAAUAUGAUGCAGGCUCCUCCGGUAGUCAGUACAGUUCACAAGGUUCUCCGGCUGAUACUUGUAAGAAGUGUCCACCGCAAUCUAGUUCUGUAUCUGACGUGAAGUCCAUCCCUAAUCAACUAAACCAGCAAACCCAUGGAAACUCCAAUGCUCAAGGUAAGCCCUCUCAUAAUGGGGUGACAGCCAAAUGUGACGGAAAUAUUAUGGAUGUAAAAGAACACACUGAUCACUCACAAGAUCUCUCUCAGAUAUCUGGACCAGAUGGGAAAUCAAAAUCUACUCCUUUAAGUCAAAUUGGAUUCAGAGAUCCAGCAAGUAUUGGUGGGGGGCAGCAGCUAACAUUGUUAAGUAUAGAGAUUCAAGUGGAAACCAGAGGAGAUUUACUGCCUGACCCCCUGUUUGAUGCCAUCAAUAUCAUAGUUCUUGCUACUCAGGAAGAUAGCGAUAAUAUCCAUGAUGUUUAUGUUCUUAUGCGAAGUAAAAACGAAUAUAUUCAAAGAAAUCUUGAUGGGAUAUCUGGUUGCGAGGUGUUGGUUUCCUCUGAAGAGAAGCACUUACUCAACCAAUUUAUAGAUAUUAUUUCCACUUUUGAUCCGGAUAUAUUAAUUGGCUGGGAUAUUCAAGGUGGUUCCCUUGGAUUUCUGGCUGAAAGGGCUUCACAUCUUGGCAUUAGUUUACUAAAUAGCAUAUCUCGGACGCCAUCUGAUAUGAAGGUAGCUGCUCUUGAUUUGGAUGUUCCUGUGAGAGGAAUAUCAGAUAUUUUACGUCCUGAACCUUUGAUUUCGGAUACUGUUCAAGUUGAAAAUGCAGUAAUUGAGGAUGAAUGGGGCCGAACUCAUGCCAGUGGCGUCCAUGUUGGUGGUAGGAUUGUUCUUAACGUUUGGCGAGUGAUGCGUGGUGAAAUUAAGCUGAAUAUGUACACAGUUGAAGCUGUAGCUGAGGAUGUUCUGAGGCGAAAAAUUCCAUCUAUUCAUUGCAAGGUAUUGACAAAAUGGUUUUCUAGUGGUCCUGGACGAGCAAGAUAUCGAUGUAUUGAAUAUGUUGUGGAGAGAGCUAAGUUGAACCUCGAGAUAAUGAAUCAACUUGAUAUGAUAAGUCGAACAUCAGAACUCGCCCGGGUAUUUGGCAUAGACUUUUUUUCUGUUCUCUCUCGAGGUUCACAGUAUCGUGUGGAAUCUAUGUUACUGAGAUUGGCACACUCACAAAACUAUCUUGCCAUCUCUCCUGGGAACCUACAGGUUGCUUCGCAACCCGCAAUGGAGUGCCUACCUCUUGUGAUGGAGCCAGAAUCUGGUUUUUAUGCAGAUCCAGUUGUUGUUUUGGAUUUUCAGUCGCUUUAUCCAUCAAUGAUAAUUGCAUACAACCUCUGCUUUUGUACAUGCCUCGGAAAUGUUACGCCUUCGAAGGCAAACACACUUGGUGUUAGUUCAUUCUCACUAGAUGCACGUGUUUUGCGGGAUUUAAAAAAUGAAAUUCUGCUUACUCCAAAUGGUGUUAUGUAUGUUACUUCAAAGGUUCGUAAAGGUAUACUACCUCGCUUACUGGAGGAAAUAUUAUCAACUAGAAUUAUGGUGAAAAAAGGAAUGAAGGAGUUGGCUCCUUCACAGCAAGUUCUUUACAGGAUAUUUAAUGCAAGACAGCUUGCUCUGAAGCUAAUAUCGAAUGUAACGUACGGCUAUACAGCUGCUGGAUUUAGUGGUCGGAUGCCUUGUGCAGAACUUGCCGAUAGUAUUGUUCAGUGCGGCCGUAGAACACUAGAAAGUGCUAUUUCAUUUGUAAAUGCACAUGAUAAGUGGAAGGCUAAAGUAAUUUAUGGUGAUACUGAUAGUAUGUUUGUCCUCCUUAAAGGGCGAACUGUUAAAGAAUCUUUCCAGAUUGGACAUGAGAUUGCUUCUACAAUAACUGCAAUGAAUCCACAUCCUGUCACACUGAAAAUGGAGAAGGUCUAUCAUCCAUGCUUCCUCCUUACUAAGAAACGCUAUGUUGGUUACAGUUUUGAGAGCCCCAACCAAAUCAAACCUACUUUUGAUGCUAAAGGUAUUGAGACAGUACGCAGAGAUACUUGUGGGGCUGUGGCCAAAACAAUGGAGCAGUCGUUGCGACUUUUUUUUGAGCACCAGGAUAAUAAUAAGAUCAAAGCUUACUUGCAGCGUCAAUGGACUCGGAUAUUAUCCGGCAGGGUUUCUCUUCAGGAUUUUGUUUUUGCAAAGGAGGUUCGCUUAGGUACCUAUAGUACAAGGGCAUCUUCGUCACUCCCACCAGCAGCAAUUGUGGCAACUAAAGCAAUGAGAGCAGACCGCAGGGCGGAGCCACGGUAUGCAGAGAGAAUACCUUAUGUCGUAGUCCAUGGCGAGCCUGGGUCUCGCCUGGUUGAUAUGGUAGUAGAUCCACUAGAUCUUCUGGCAAUAGAUGCCCCCUUCAGGUUAAAUGAUUUAUAUUACAUCAAUAAACAGAUAAUCCCAGCUUUACAGAGGGUAUUUGGCCUGGUUGGAGCUGACUUAAACCAGUGGUUUUCGGACAUGCCUCGCCCAGGACGGGAAGCUAUCACGAAAUUCAACUCUUACGCUCCAAAUUCGCAUCGAACCAGAAUUGAUUAUUACUAUUUGUCAAAACAUUGUAUCCUGUGUGGUGAGCUGGUCCAAGCUUCAGCCCAUAUAUGUGGUAAAUGUCUAAAGAAUGAAGCUGCUGUUGCAACAGCUUUGACCGGAAGAACUUCAAAAUUGGAGAGAGAGACUCAACACCUUGUUGCAAUGUGCCGGCAUUGUGGAGGUGGUGAUGGGCUGAUGGAAAGUGGAAUAAAGUGCACAUCGCUGGCAUGCUCAGUGUUCUAUGAGAGGCGGAAAGUUCAGAAAGAACUGCAGGCCCUAUCCACUGUAGCUACGGAGGCAGGUUUAUAUCCAAGGUGUAUGGUUGAAUGGUUUUAAAUGUCGGGAUGCUCCUGUCCGGUCUUACUAGAUCACGAAUCUAGGAAUGUACUCUCUACAAUGUGUUAUUUUUACCUAUUUGGUUCGGCGGUGUAAUAUAGUUGUAUAUUAUGUGAUUUAUGUAUGUAAUUGUUGCAUCUUAUUUUGUGAUUUUUAGAA